GUGGUAGGGCGGCUGACAGGGCCAGCAUCCCUAGCCCGCUCAUCGUCGGCUGUCGCCGACAUGGAACCCGUGGCUAGCAACAUCCAGGUCCUGCUGCAGGCAGCGGAGUUCCUGGAGAGGCGCGAGAGAGAGGCAGAGCACGGUUAUGCGUCCCUGUGUCCACACCACAGCCCCAGGGCUGUCUGCAGGAGGAGGAAGCCACCCCUGCAAGCUCCUGGCGCGCUGAACAGUGGGCGGUCUGUGCACAACGAGCUGGAGAAGCGCAGGAGAGCCCAGCUGAAGCGGUGCUUAGAGCAACUGAGGCAGCAGAUGCCCCUGGGAGUUGACUGUACCCGAUACACUACACUGAGCCUGCUGCGCCGGGCCAGGGUGCAUAUCCAGAAGCUGGAGGAGCAGGAGCAGCAAGCCCGGCGGCUCAAGGAGAAGCUUCGCAGCAAACAGCAGAGCCUGCAGCAGCAGCUGGAGCGGCUCCAGGGGCUGCCGGGAGCUAGGGAGUGGGACCGGGACCGGCUGAGGGCAGACAGCUUGGACUCUUCAGGCCUGUCCUCUGAGCGCUCGGACUCAGACCAAGAGGAUCUGGAGGUGGACGUGGAGAGCCUGGUGUUUGGGACUGAGACAGAGCUCCUACAGAGCUUCAGCACUGGGCGGGAGCACAGCUACUCAUACAGCACCUGCGCCUGGCUAUGAUGCCCACUGCGGCCUGUACUCUCCUUGGACUGAGCCUGACAGUCAGUGGCCCCCACACAAGUUGGCUUAGAGCCACAUGUUGAAGAGACUAUAAAGCCACAGUGUGGGAGCAGACUCCGGACUCCGCUGCACAGCUUGAGCCUGGGCCACCCUCCCUGUCCCCCAGGGAAUUUCAUGUAGCACUUGGCCCUGCUUUGCUGCUCCCCACAGGGACAGGAAGCCUCAAAACUUCUUGUUCCUGGGCAAAGCCCCAGGCCUCUUCCCGUAUAUACUGCACAGUAUUUUCAUUAAAAUCCUCUUUUGUAA